CCAUUCGGGAUCUUGCCCCCAACGUGCCCCUCCUGGCCGCCGGGCGCGUUAGGGCGCUGUUUGGCCACCGGGGCGCCCUCCAAGGGCGUAAUUAAACGGGGUCGGCCGGCGCGGCGGCGUAGGGCUGGCGCGGUGGCGGAGUUGGGCGGAGUAUCGGACGGCGGGAGAGGGAACAACGAGAAGUUAAUAAGAGGAGAUCAAGUUGGGAAGGAAGAACAGGCAUUCCGCGGUGUCUGGAGAGCCAGUCCGAUACAACUACCCUGCGGAAACUCUAGAUGCUGCGGGGCUGGCAUACCUUCGGCUGCCCCGGUUCGUGAGCUGCUUGGAAUGAAUUCAGGGCAUUUCUCAAAGUUAGUAGCUGUUUUUACCAUUUAUGAAGCUUUGCAGAUUUUACCGGUGGUGAGUUUUGACAAAAUAUUGCUGAAGUGAACGUUUCGAACUGUGACCACC